AAACUGAGGAAUUAAAGGGGAAAAGCCAAACAUUUGGUUCAUGUAUCCCUCAGUCCAAACUAGAAGUGUUAAUAAACUUUCAAUAUUCUAGUGAUCUGGAGAAAGCUGAUCCUGACCACAUUAUUGCACUGGUUACUGAAGUGAUUCCUAAAUAUUCCUGCCUAAUCUUUUGUCCCACUAAAAAGAACUGUGAAAAUGUGGCUUCUAUGGUGUGCAAGUACCUCAAGAAAGAAUUUAGAGCUCACAGGGAGAAAGAGAAACAAGAGCUCAUCAGGAACCUGAGGAGUAUUGGAAGUGGGAGCAUCUGCCCUGUCCUGAAGCAGACAGUCCCUUUUGGGGUUGCCUACCACCACAGUGGCCUCACAAAUGAUGAGAGGAGGAGCAUAGAGGAAGCAUACUCUGCAGGUGUCCUCUGUCUGCUUGCUUGUACAGCUACUUUAGCUGCUGGAGUCAACCUGCCAGCAAGAAGGGUUAUUCUCAGAGCUCCUUAUGUUGCUAAUGACUUCCUGAAGAAGAACCAGUAUAAACAAAUGAUUGGUAGAGCUGGUCGAGCUGGCAUUGACACUGCUGGAGAAAGUAUCCUCAUAGUGCAAGAAAAAGACAAACACUUGGUUCAGGAUUUAGUUAGCAGUCCCUUGGAGAACUGUUACAGCAAUCUUCUGGUGGAGCUGACUAAGGGAAUGGAGAGCCUCCUGUUAUCUUUGGUUGGACUGAAGGUAGCAGUGAGCUGUGAGGAAGUCACCGAGUUCAUGUGCAGUACGUUGCUGGGUGUUCAGCAGCAGCUGCUGCCCAAAGAGAGGAGCCUCUCAGAGACAAUUGCUGAUGGGCUGGAAAACCUGAUAGAGAAAGGACUGCUGAAAAGAACAUCUGAGAAGAACCACAAUUCCAAGUGUACACUAACAAUCACACCCUUGGGUAAAGCUACAUACAAAGGGUCAAUAGACUUGGCAUACUGCAAUCUUCUUUACAGAGAACUGAAGAAAGGUUUGGAAGGGCUGGUUCUUGAGAGCAAUCUUCAUCUGCUGUAUCUGACAACUCCAUAUGAUAUGGUGUCUACCUGUAGCCCAGACUGGAUGAUAUACUUGAGGCAGUUCAACCAGCUAAGUGCAGCAGAGCAAAAAGUCAUGGAUAUUGUGGGGGUCCCUGAAAGCUUUAUUACAAAAAAGGCUUCUGGUCAAGCCAUCAGAAAGAAGGUGGACAGUGCUGUGGUGAACAGGCUGUACCUGUCCUUUGUCCUCUAUGCUCUGCUGAAAGAGACCAAUGUAUGGAGUGUGUCAGAGAAGUUCAAUAUGUCCCGAGGACAUGUGCAGAACCUCCUGAAUUCUGCUGCCUCCUUUGCCUCCUGUGUCCUGCGUUUCUGUGAGGAACUGGAAGAAUUCUGGGUUUAUAAAGCCUUGCUGACAGAACUCACCAAGAAGUUGACCUACUGUGUUAAGGCAGAGCUCAUCCCUCUGAUGGAAGUAGCAGGGGUUCUAGAGGCACGAGCAAAGCAGCUUUACAAUGCAGGGUACAAAACCUUGGCCCAUUUGGCUAAUGCAGACCCAGAAACUCUGGUCAGGACAAUUGAGCACUUGUCACGACGUCAGGCCAAGCAAAUUGUUUCAUCUGCAAAGAUGCUGCUGAGUGAAAAAGCUGAGGCUUUACAAGAAGAGGUUGAAGAACUCUUAAAAGUGCCUGCAGACAUCCCAGGGAUCUCCUGA